AUGUCGGACGACGGCGGCCCACGUCUUUUCCGGCCCAUCCCCCGCCGGCCUUUUGAGCUUGGGCUGAUGAGCCCGACCCCUCCUGAAGACGACUCCGCACCGCCCAGUCCGACCACGAACGCGAACCAGAGCUUUCUCGACCCGCGAGCCUUCACCAACCCGGGGAACUCGAUCAGCCGCGACGCGUCCUACAGCAACCUGACCAGCUCCACACUCGCCGGCAUAUACUCCCACAACAUAUCCGGCUACCCCGCCAGCGAUACGGUCUACGGCUCAGAACCCCCUGAUACGCCUUGGGGCACGGGCGCCGAGACGCCCGCUACUGCCGCGAGGGGUUCAGUCGACGAGAGCGUGUACAAGCUGCUCAAGGACAGGUCCUCCCUGCUGAAGAGGCGGAGGUCCUCUGCGCUGUCAGCCCGGUCAGGUCACGCGUUUCAGCAGAGCUCACCAACACAGACUGUGCUGUCGCUUGCUCUCCGGACGGCGUUCCUUUUCGUCCUGGGGCUGGGCUAUGGGGCGAUCCUGUCCCGGCUCUCGACGGAGCAGCAGUGGGCCUCGUUCCCAGUCGAGGGCAUUAUAAGACAUCGAUAUGACUCCGCGUACCUCGCCUGUUGGGGCGUCUUUGGCGUGGCUCUGGGCAGCCUUUUGCCUUGGUUCGACGGGAAAUGGGAGCAGGCAUUCGAAAAGCCAGAAGACGAGGCAGAGGAAGAUUUCAAAGAAGAGGAGGAGGAGCCAGGGACUGACUGGGCCCUCGUGGUUCGUGGGGUUGGUGCUUUCGUUGGUAUUGUUUUCGCGAUUAGAAAAGUUCCCUGGGCAUCCACAAUGCAGGUCUCCAUGACCCUGGCCAUGGUCAAUCCAUUUCUGUGGUACUUGAUCGACCGGUCAAAAUCCGGGUUCCUGCUCUCCGCCGCCGUGGCCUGGGCCGGCUCGAUGGUCUUGAUGGGGUUUGACCCUGACAUCGUGCCCGCACCAGCUGGAUUCUCCUCAGAAUUCUUAAACCGGAACCAUACGGGCAAGACUGGGGCCGAGCCACUGAUGCUCGGCGGGCUGGCUACCCAGAAGACUAUAGAGACCGGCAUUUGGGUAUUGAGUGUGCUGUUCUGCAGCUGCGUGUGCUUUGGGAACAUCGGCAGGCGGCUUGCCUUGAAUAGAUCAGCAGCGGGUCGCGGUCGAUGGGGCGGGCUGAAGUAG